UCCGGAAAGAGAGCAGUCAUGUACGUAAUUUCUCUCACACUCGCUGCAUCUAAAGGUUAUCAUUAAGACGUAUGUACCCUGCAGAGCGGUUGCCGUGGAGAUCAUUUAACACUGGGGGAAAUAUUUUAUUAAAGUGUGCGGAUUUUAAGCAACUGAGAAAGACGUGUCAAGCCCACAAAAAAAAAGAAAAAAGAAAAAGUCCAUAGAGGAAAGAAUUGAAGGAAAUUAAGGAUAAGAUGCCCCAUUUCGUCUGUCCCACCAUUCAACAGUAUCUUCAACACAGAGCUCUGUUUCUUAAUUGAUUCCUUAUCAAGGACUCUCCAGGAGUGAUCGGAUACAAUGAUAAUCAAUCAACUUACUUUCCUCCUGCUGUGCUGCUUGCUGGGCUGCAGCAGUGCACUGAUCCGUCCGGUGCCUGGAAUUAGCACGUCGGAUCGGGAUGGACGGACGCUACACCGCACUAAACGAGGAUGGAUGUGGAAUAGUUUCUUUCUCUUAGAGGAAUGGACCGGAACUGGAAAGCAGUAUGUUGGAAAGCUACACUCAGACAUGGAUACAGAAGAUGGCUCAGUGAAGUAUGUCCUCACAGGAGACGGGGCUGGAACUAUUUUUGAGAUUGAUGAGAAUUCCGGUGAUAUUCAUGCCAUCCGAAGGCUAGACAGGGAAGAGAAAGCGUCAUACACCCUGAGCGCCAAAGCUGUCAACAAAACCUCCGGGCAGGAUCUGGAGAGGGCCUCAGAAUUCAUCAUCAAAAUCCAUGACAUCAAUGACAACGAGCCAAAGUUUUCCAAGGACACAUUUGUGGCCAGUGUAUCAGAGAUGUCUACUGUUGGUGCUUUUGUAAUGAGAGUGACAGCCACUGAUGCAGAUGAUGAAUCAUAUGGAAAUAGCGCCAAGCUGGUUUACAGUAUCCUGCAGGGCCAGCCAUAUUUCUCAAUUGAGCCUGAGACUGGCAUCAUAAGAACGGCCCUUCCAAACAUGAUUCGAGAGAACCGCGAGCACUAUCAGGUGGUGAUUCAAGCUAAGGAUAUGGCUGGACAGAUGGGCGGUCUCUCCGGGACCACUACGGUAAACAUCACCCUGAUGGAUGUCAACAACAGUCCUCCUCGUUUCCCCCACAGUACCUACCAUCUCUCCACUCCCGAGUCGGUUGGAAUCGGAUCGUCGGUGGGCCGGAUCAAAGCGUAUGAUGCGGACGUCGGAGAGAAUGCAGAGAUGUGGUACUCCAUUCUGGAUGGCGACGGGCAAGAUACGUUCAAUAUAAUCACAGACGGAACGAGUCAAGAAGGGGUGAUAACGGUAAAGAAGCCACUAGAUUACGAGAGUAAGAGGUUGUACUCGCUACGGGUGCAGGUGACCAACACACAUAUAGAUCGACGCUUUGAGCACCUGGGGCCGUUCAGCGACACAGCAAUGAUCAGAAUUACAGUCACGGAUGUGGACGAACCUCCGGUCUUCAGCCGGGCCAUGUACAUUUUUGAGGUGGAUGAAGACACACCUGCCGGUAGCUUUAUUGGCACAUUAUCAGCCCGAGACCCUGAUAUGGCCAAUCACCUGGUCAAAUACACCAUUGAUCGCCACACAGACCUAGAGAGGCUGUUUAACAUUGAUUCCAACAAUGGGACCAUCAGCACACUGCAAGCUCUGGACAGAGAAACUUCCAAAUGGCACAACAUCUCAGUUCUGGCAACAGAAAUUAGUACUGCCCUGCAAACCAGAGUGCCAGUGUUUAUCAAAGUACGAGACGUGAAUGACAAUGCUCCUGAGUUUGCCAUGUACUAUGAGACCUUUGUCUGUGAGAAUGUCAGAGCCAGUCAGCUCAUCCAGACCAUAAGCGCUGUCGACACAGAUGAACCUCUUGUCGGUCACAAGUUUGUUUUCAGUCUCAGCACCAUCAAUCCAAACUUCACCAUCUUCGAUAAUGAAGAUAACACAGCAAGGAUUUUAACACGCAGAGGCGGCUUCAACAGAAGAGAGAUGAGCUCGUACCUGCUGCCUAUUGUUAUCUCAGACAACGAUUACCCCAUCCAGAGCAGCACUAGCACGCUGACGGUUAGGGUCUGCGCCUGCGACAGCCAUGGGAAUGUGAUGACGUGCAGUUCGGAUGCCCUGCUUCUCUCAGCCGGACUCAGCACCGGAGCUCUGGUGGCCAUUCUACUCUGCAUUAUAAUACUACUGAUGAUCGUGGUAUUGUUUGCAGCCCUGCGGCGACAAAAGAAAAAGGAGCCCCUGAUCAUUUCGAAAGAAGACGUGAGGGAUAACGUUGUGAGCUACAAUGACGAGGGUGGCGGAGAGGAGGACACGCAAGCUUUUGAUAUUGGAACUCUUCGCAACCCCGAGGUUAUAGAUACCAACAAGCUCCGUCGGGAUAUAAUACCCGAAAUGCUGUUUCCGUUCCGUCGUACGUCUCCCAUCAAAGACAACACAGAUGUGAGAGAUUUUAUCAAUGGACGACUGCAAGAGAAUGACUCGGAUCCCACAGCGCCCCCUUAUGACUCCUUGGCUACGUACGCCUAUGAAGGAAAUGGCUCUUUGGCUGAGUCUCUGAGCUCUUUGGAAUCAGCUGCCACCGAGGGGGACCAGGAGUUUGAUUAUCUGAGUCACUGGGGUCCACAGUUCAAAAAACUGGCGGAUAUGUAUAUAGGGCAAGAGUCCCAGAGAGAGACUUAAAGCGAAUUAUGCAACACAGCACACUUAAAUAUAUCUCAGCGCACUAAAUUAACGUAUACAUGCUAAAGUCUCUACCCGCCGAUCUCUGCUGUGUAAUGCAUAUUGAAUCAACAAAGACUUGAACAUCAAGCUCAACUACUGGGAGCUCUUUACAUAGAUAUACCGGGUAACCGCCCACUUUUACAGUAUUUCUUACCCGUUCAUUUUCUCCAUAUUUCAAUAAAUAAAUUAAAAAUAUCUUAGAGAAAGAGUUCUAAGCCAUGAACUAAAUCAACCAACUCUGAGAUGAAUCACAACCAUAUAAAAGUAUUAAAGGGAUAUAAAAACUGUUAAAGGGAUAGUUAACACCAUGACUUUCUUUCUUGUGUGGGACACACAAUGAAAUGUUUGGCAGAAUAUUAGCUUCAGUCACCAUCCUCUUUCAUUGUAUGUGGAAAAAAAUAAAUAAUUAAAAAAAAAAUAAUAAGAUGCAAUAAAAGUAAAUGGAGACUAAAGUUAACAUUCUGCCUUUUGUGUUCCAUGGAAGAAACAUGUUAUCAUAUGGAGAAAACAAAUGGGAUUUUUACUUCUGGAACCCCUUUCUUGCACUCUUUUCUCUUUCCCUGCCCUUUCCCUUUUUGUCUUCUUUAACUUUGUCCUAUUCUUUUUCUGAUAUUUCUUGCUUUCUUUUCUCAAAAGAAUCAGUAAAGAUGCCUUUUAAGAUUAGGGAUUUGUUGUAAUCAAUGGUGUGCACUGUGUAACAUUUAUUUAUUUAUUUUUAUUUUAUUUUAUUUUUUCCAGGUUAGUAAGUUUUAUUUCCUAAUUGCUUAUGCCUC